UAUCCAUCCAGCCAUCCAUCUCUCAUGUGGAUAAACUCUAUUGAAGUUAGUUAGUAUGAACACAUACAACGUAGAGUGUGAGUAGCAAAUGGCAGAAACAACGCGCCCGGUCGACGUGACUGCCAUGAGGUAUUAUCGUUUUGAAAAGCGAGUCCGUCAAGGUGAGCUCAGUCCAGGAGAGGACGAACGACACUGGUAGGUAAUUCAUCGAGGAUCCCCUAUCCACCACUAUUACGACGAUUCCACUCGUCGACAGGGGAAGGCAGAGGCACACCGUUGAAUUUCGGAGGGUUCUCGGACGCAGUCAUCGUCAUCAUCGAACCAAACAGUCAGGUAUAACGACUCGUUCGAAUCGGACCUACCAAGAGUCAGACUGAGCGGGACUGAGAGAGAAAGAGAGCUUCUUUCGGUUGGUCGGCUACCUUCAAGAAGAGCUCCCUGCCUACACCACCACCACCACUACCAAUAGCACUAAGAACGAGACCAAGAACAACAGAAUGGAAAGGCUCCCCUUGUUACUAGGACGGGGUCGUGCAUGAGAGGGACAUUUGAACCAACAGAUGCAGAACAAAGAAUGAUAACAAGAUCAACCGGAUUGCUUCUGUUGAGCAUUGACGUGUCUACUACGUCCCGGGAGUGGAUUGUGCCUUGUGACGAUUAGAGUAACCAGCCAGUGACACAAAGACAGUAGUGGUUCAUCAUGGAGCUCAUUGGCACCAAAGUGACAGCCAUGAUCCUCUUGGGACUCUUGAAACUGGGCUGUGGGUUAUUGCCCAUUUUCCUCGUGAAGGUGCUCCAUUUCAAGAAGACCUCUACCAUGGACAAGUUCAUGGGGAUCAUUCUGUGCAUUGGAGGAGGCGUGCUGUUGUCCACUGUGUUCAUUCACAUGAUCCCUGAAGUGCGCGAGUCCUUGGCUCAUGCUGGAGAUCUCGGCUACAUGCCCGAUGCCCAUUAUGCCUUUGCCGAAUUGAUCAUUUGUCUGGGAUUCUUCUUGGUGUACGGCGUGGAAGCCUUGGUUCAUCGCUUUAUUGGGGGACAUGGCCACUCCCAUGGGGUGACGAUGGGGAGCCAAGUGGUCGUGGAGUCAAGGAACUCCAUGGAACUCCGUCAAGGCGUGGAUAAUGGAGGCUUCGAACAAGACCUCUCCAAUCUGGGCAGCCCUCAAAAAGGUCACACCAAAGCUGUCAGCGGAGAGAACAAUUCAUUACCGACCAAUGGGAAGAACGGCAAAUCUCCGUUUGUCCAGAAUGGCAAACCCAAGAGCUUCCAAACCUCGGGCAAUGUCUACAACGUGUCCUCGGCCACUCUGACCAGCUAUACGUCCUAUUCGGACGGCGAUAGUGUGGACACGAGCUUGCCCAGCUACAUGCCCCGACCCAAUCGGACCUUCAAUACCCUGGAGAGUCUGGCCAAGGAGAAGAAUAUUCUCGUCACGAUCAGGAACUUCCUCAUUGUCAUCGCUCUGUCCAUUCAUAGUGUUUUCGAAGGCAUGGCCAUUGGUUUGCAAAUGACAUCCCCAGAUGUUUGGAAGCUCUUCACCGCCGUGUCCAUUCAUGCUUGGGCAAUCUUGUUCUGUAUUGGCAUGGAUAUGAUUGUGGAAGGCACCAAACGACUCCAUAUCGUGUUCAAUAUCGUCAUUCUAGCCCUCACCACGCCCCUGGGUAUCGUCAUUGGCAUCUUGGUCACUGAGCAUGUCGAUGAGAACUCUGGCAUUCAAGCUGUUGUGAUUGGCGUCCUUCAAGGCCUAGCGGCUGGGACCCUACUGUACGUGAGCUUCUACGAGGUCUUGGAAAGAGACAAAUUGGCCAAUGCCGGAAUGACGGGUCUCCUUGGCUUCUUUUUCAUCUUUUUUGGCUUCUCUGUCAUGGCUGGACUUCAAGCUGUUGGUGGUGGUCAUAGCCAUGGAGGAGCAGUGGAUGGAGGUCAUGGUCAUUCCCAUGGAUCAGUCGGAUCCCAAGCACACCAUGUUGACGAUCAUCAUCAAGAUCAUGGUGCUCAUGGGGACGGCACUCACAUCAAUCAUUUAGAGCAAACGGUCCGGCAAGCCUUGGAGAAGAACGGUGAUCAUCAUGGUCAUUCGCAUGAUCACCAAGACCAUGACAAACAUCAUGAACAUGGAGACCAUGGUGACCACGAUGGCCAUCACGGACACUCUCACGAACACCAAGACCACGAUGGCCAUCAUGGGCACGCUCACGAACAUCAAGACCACAGUGGUCAUCAUGGACACUCUCACGAUCACCAAGACCACGAUGGUCAUCAUGGGCACUCUCACGAUCACCAAGACCACGAUGGUCAUCAUGGGCACUCUCACGAUCACCAAGACCACGAUGAUCAUCAUGGGCACUCUCACGAUCAUGAUGAUGACCUCCAUGGUCAUUCCCAUGACAGCGACGACCAAGAUGACCACAAUCAUGCACCCGAAAUCGAGGAUCAUGAUCACCAACACAAUGUUGAACUAGAACAUGAUAACAAUGAUCAUAAAGAUAUGAAGGCUCAUGACCAUGAAGGCCAAAAGCAUAACCAUGAGCAUCAUACCGAGGACCCUAGUUUCUUGCGCACUCAAAUGCAGCUUAAUUUGACCAAUGAAAGCCAAGAAAGGUCUCUAAAUCUAAAUAAGAAUGUGCCAGUGACAAUUUUGAAGAAUCACGAGGGUGAUCAAAAUCACCCUGACCUUCAUCACCAUAAGCAUGAUCAUAUCCAUUCGAUCGAAGACCAUCAUUUGAAUCAUGCCCAUUCUAAGAAGUCCAAAGAAGCCUCUGAACACGAUGGUAAUCAUGAUCACGACCAUAGGGAGCACAAAGUUGACACCAAAGACCAUGACCAUCAACAUCAUGACGAUCAUGACGAACAUGUCCACGAGAACGAAGACCAUGAUCACGGGCACGACAUCCAGGAUCCCAAUACACUUGCUGCCCACACAGCAAGCCACGGAGGGUCUUCAAGCGUGAAAGGGGAUAUUCAUGAUGACCAUGAUCACGAAAGUCAACCGGCGAAUUCGCUUAAGACUCGAUAGGAUCAGCCAUGGCUUUUAUAAUGCCUUUGAACACAAAAAUGGCUGUGAAACUGCAGGAUUAUAAUAACUUGAUAAGUAUCCGAGUAUGAUGCAUACCAAAGUUGCUUUUUUUAUUUCCAGUUGAUUUGACUAUUAUCGUGUAUAUUAUCUUGUAUCUACAUACAUAAAACUCAAACCGCAAACAUA